AUGUCACCUAGUCAAUCUCACCUUAGUGUUCAGUCCUUCCCAUCCGGGGACAUCGAUGGCUCUCAGCCCGUAGUUAAGUCGGAACCCCAGCUUAACCCGAUUGAUUCGGCGGACCUAAAUGGCUUUUCCUUAGAUAGCCACCAUGAUGCCCUUUCGAAUGAUGCUGCCUCUCACGGUCUGAUCGACACUUCUCAGUUCCCAGACUUUCAUUUCCCCUUCCAGGAAAUCCCCGAAGCCGGUCAGAUGAUGUCCCUAGAAGACCACACCAAUGAUCUAUUCGCUACACCCGGCCACGCCUCCAUCUCAUCCAUUGGUGAACGGAAGGAUUCUACCGCCUCUGGCCCUCACAGCGCUACUUAUGCUAUGAUAGACCCCACACAGCCGGGCAGACAGCGCAGCAUCGACGGUUCUGAGGACGGAAGCCAAGAGAGUACUCACAUUGGCCCCAAUUCUUUAGAAGACAAUAUGUCCGAUGAAUUUGGCCUAUCUACUGGUGGGCUCGGUGAUGGUACUGACCUUGGAGGAAAGUUAAAGGAAAACAAAUCCGACCCUGCGCCAGCUUGGAGUGAGCUGAAAACGAAGGCAGGAAAAGAGAGAAAAAGAUUACCUCUAGCAUGCAUUGCGUGUCGGAGAAAAAAGAUACGUUGUUCAGGAGAGAAGCCGGCAUGUAAGCAUUGUCUUCGGUCUCGAAUCCCUUGUGUGUAUAAAGUCACAACACGGAAGGCAGCCCCGCGAACCGAUUACAUGGCCAUGCUGGAUAAGCGACUAAAGAGGAUGGAAGACCGGAUCAUCAAGCUUGUACCUAAAUCAGAGCAGGAUACUUCGGCCAGCAACGUUGUCCGGGGUGUGGUUAAACCAGCCAUCCCUGGCACUCUACCUACAGGAAAACAAACGACAAAGAAGCGGGGAGCGGAAGAGGCAUUUGGUCCAGAUUUAGAUCACUGGGCUAGGAAUGGGCCCAAGACUAGGCUGGAGGGCUCCGGUAAGCCGACGUCGUUGCAAGUUCAAGAAGCUGAAGAAAGUAAGCUGCUAUACGAAGGCGUCGAGGCGUUGCCGGCAAAAGAUAUUCAAGAACACCUGGCGGAUGUAUUCUUCGAGAACAUCUACGGACAGGCAUACCACCUUCUUCACAAACCGAGUUAUAUGAGAAAACUAAAGGCCGGCUCCUUACCCCCAGUUUUAGUGCUCUCCGUUUGUGCAAUUUCUGCUCGCUUCUCUACCCAUCCCAAGUUCUCCAUGACGAACAACUUCCUUCGAGGAGAAGAAUGGGCAGCACCGGCUCGAGAUAUUGUAACGAGACGUUAUGAAUGGCCUAACAUUACGAUAUUAACGUGUUUACUACUUCUCGGCUUGCAUGAAUUUGGUACAUGUCAUGGUGGUCGGAGUUGGGCGUUAGGUGGACAAGCCACUCGGAUGGCUUUCGCAUUGCAACUGCACAAAGAUCUAGAAUACGAUCCUAUGCGGAUAAACCCGACGAAACAGCUCAGCUUUAUCGAUCGUGAAAUUCGAAGACGCACCAUGUGGGCUUGCUUCUUGAUGGAUCGUUUCAACUCUUCAGGAACCGACCGUCCUAUGUUCAUAAAGGAAGAGACAGUCAAGAUUCAACUACCCAUUAAAGAGAAGCUCUUCCAACUGGACAUGCCAGGCCCGACCGAGGAUUUACAGGGGCAGGUUCCUCAUCCAGUACCCGUGGAUGAAGGCCAGCUUUCGGACGCCAAGGACAACAUGGGCGUAGCAGCAUAUAUGGUACGCGCCAUAGCUUUAUGGGGGAAAAUAAUAAAUUUCCUAAAUCAAGGAGGCAUGGAUUCAGAUGAAUCCCCGAUAUGGGAGACCGAUUCUGAAUAUGCUAGAUUACUUAAACAAGCCGAAGACUUUGCUGAUAAUCUGCCGGAUGGUCUAAAAUACAGCGCCGAGAAUCUCCACCUACAUCAAACGGAGGGGAUGGCGAACCAAUUCUUGUUUCUGCAUAUAUCCAUACAACAGAAUGUCCUUUUUAUGAAUCGAUUCGCCGUCUCUUCCCCUGGUGGCUUAUCGAAAAUGGAUGUUCCCAACACUUUCAUCACACAGGCUGGAUCAAAAGCAUUUGCUGCUGCUAACAGAAUAUCCGAGUUGCUAAAAGACUCGGAACAUUAUAUGAUCGCAGCACCUUUUGUGGGAUACUGUGCCUUUUUAUCAAGCACAGUUCAUAUUUUUGGAAUUUUCUCCGGGAAUUCCACCGUCGAGACAGCAGCGAAGAAAAAUCUAGCGAUAAACGUGAAAUUCCUCUCUAAGAUGAAGCGAUAUUGGGGAAUGUUUCACUUUAUGGCAGAGAACUUACGCGAGCAAUAUAAGACGUGUGCUGAUGCUGCUAGACAAGGCACACCAGCUAACGACAACUCGACGCCCUCGCCGAUAUUCCAGUAUGGAGAUUGGUUCGAUCGGUAUCCCCACGGCGUAUCGCAACCAGAAUUCGUCGAACCAGCCUCUUUUAAGAAAAAGGAAACAGGUGAAGAUGCUGUACUUGAACAGAAGCCGGAAUUGCACACGGUUGAGGAAUUCUUUACGCAGCUUUCCCCUCCACAAACCACUGGUGAGGGUCGCGAGAACGGCGGAGCAAGUAGGCCGCCCUUGAUGAAGCGGAAGUCAAUAGCCAAGAAAGGUAGCAUCUCUUCACGGGGCGAACAGCAACAACUGGAGCCCCUUCUUACCGACCUCAAUGGCGCCAGCAUACCCGAGCAGAUCCAGCGUAUCCAACAGGCACAACAACAGAGGGUGCAAGCGCACCGUAAUUAUUCCCGCAUGGGCGGACAAGCAAGUAGGCCGACCUCUUUUAAUCCCCAUUUUGCGCAUGGACGCUCACAAAACGCAACAGCGAACUAUCAUGCCCUGUCGCCGAUUAGCCCCGUCGCCGUCGGUGGGUAUCAACAUGGCCAUGGUCACGGCCAUCAGCAUCCCGCCUUCUAUAACCCGGACUUAUUAUCCCUGUCCCUCUCGAAUAACGCCGCGGGCAUGCUACCCCAGCUCGACCGUCAGCUCGUAUUUAAUGCGUAUAAUAGCUUAGAUCCCUCGACGAUUAGCGGGCCUGAGGCGAUCAUGGAUUGGGACGCUUUGGCUGGAAAUGGGAAUAGUAGACACAAUACGAAUGGGUCAAAUCAUGGCUCGGGCGAGGGCCCAAGCAAUCAUCAUGAUGGUGGGCUGCCGGGCGGAUUUGUCUCUGAGCCGUCUUCUGCAUGGUUCAUGCCGUUCAACAUGGAGCCGCCGGAAAUCGGCCAAGACUUGGGCGGUAUAGGUGGUGUAGACGGAUUUGGCAUGUUCAGUCCUGGUGGCUUGCAUACCCCAGGAGCUGGAUUGGGACUGCGGAGAGGUGGCCGAUGA